ACUCCUUUUUCAGUUCCCUGUGUCUCUGGCAGUUUGCCUAAACCUACAAAUAUCACCUUCUUAUCUGUAAACAUGAAGAACGUCCUACAGUGGAAUCCACCAGAAGAUCUGCAAGGCAUUGAAGUUAGGUACACUGUGCAGUACUUCAUAUAUGGGCAAAAGAAAUGGCUGAAUAAAUCCGAAUGUAGAAAUAUCAAUAGAACCUACUGUGAUCUUUCCGCUGAAACUUCUGACUAUGAACACCAAUAUUAUGCCAAAGUUAAGGCCAUUUGGGAAACAAAUUGUUCUAAAUGGACUGAAACUGGACGAUUCUAUCCUUUUUUAGAAACACAAAUUGGCCCACCGGAGGUUACCCUGACCACUGACGAAAAGUCCAUUUCUAUUGUCCUGACGGCUCCAGAGAAGUGGAAGAGAAAUCCAGAAGACAGAACAGUUACCAUGCAACAAAUAUACUCCAAUCUGAAGUACAACGUGUCCGUGUAUAACACCAAAUCAAAAAGAAUGUGGUCCCAGUGUGUCACCAACCACACGCUGGUGCUCAGCUGGUUGGAGCCUAACACUCUGUACUGUGUCCACGUGGAAUCCUUUGUCCCAGGGCCCCCUCGCCACAUGCGACCUUCUCAGAAGCAGUGUGUCAGUACUUUGGAAGAUCCAUCAUCAGCACUGAAAGUUAAAAUCAUCUUCUGGUAUGUUUUGCCCAUAUCUGUAAUCGUGUUUCUUUUUUCUGUGAUUGGCUACUCCAUCUACCGAUAUAUCCACGUUGGCAAAGAGAAGCACCCAGCAAAUCUGAUUUUGCUUUAUGGAAAUGAAUUUGACAAAAGGUUCUUUGUGCCUGCUGAAAAAAUCAUGAUUAACUUUAUCACCCUCAGUCUUUUGGAUGAUUCUAAAAUUCCUCAGAAGGAUAUGAGUUUACUAGAGAGAAGUAGGGACGGAUCCAACCUUAAUGAUGCUGAGUCCCUCGGGGACCCAGAGCCCCAUCCAGAGGAAGUGGAGACCAUACACCUAGGUUAUGCUUCCCAUUUGAUGGAAAUUUUCUGUGACUCCGAGGAGAACACCAAAGGAACUUCUCUAACCCAGCAAGAGUCAUCCCGCAGAACAAUCGCCACAGGUAAAGCAGUUGUGGAAUAUGAGUAUGACGUAACAACUGGCAUCUGCAGGGGCCCUGAAGAUGAAGAGCUCUGUGUGCAGGAAUUGGUGUCCACACAAGGAAAAUUAGUUGAGCAACAAGCAGCUUUGGCCAACUUGGGCCCACAAAUGUUACUGGGUUCCUAUACCCCUCGGCUCAGCGACUUGCUUCACCUGGAACUCCAGCAAACAGGCUCAGAAGAGGGGCUAGAGGAAGAGCCAUCCACAACACUGGUGGAUUGGGACCCUCAGACGGGCAGGCUGUGUAUACCUUCAUUAUCUACCUUUGACCAGGACUCCCAGGGCUGUGAGCAUCAUGAGCCUGACCAACUCUCAGAGGAGGGCCUUUUGUCUAGACUCUAUGAGAAACAGGCACCAGGCAAGCCACCAGAAGAGAAUGAAAACUAUCUCAAGCAAUUUAUGGAGGAAUGGGGAUUGUAUGUACAAAUGGAAAACUAA